AUGAGAGAAGCCUCUCAGGAGGCCGCGGCUACUGCCGAGGCCUCGGCGGCUGUGACCGGUGGGGGUGCCCGCAGAUCGGGCCGUUGCGGUUCUGGUCCGGCCCGGCUAACCGCCCUCCCCGUCUCGUCGGCAGGUUACCUCAAGUGCGACACGGACGAUGGCUGCGAGGCCAAGGAGGAGACGGGGGGCGAGGAGCUCUUCGACGCGGUGAACUCCUCCAUCGUCUCGGGGGACAGCAUCCGCUUCUUCGUCAAUGUCAACCUGGAGGUGCCGCCGAAUGCCACCGCUGAAAGUGAAAGUGCUGGCUGCGUGUUACUGCACACAUCAAGGAAGUACCUGAAAUUAAAGAAUUUUGAGGAGGAAGUCAGAGCCCACCGAGACCUGGAUGGGUUCUUGGCCAGAGCCAGCAUCAUCCUUGAUGAAACAGCCACCUCCUUGGACGAUGUUCUUCGAGAGAUGUUGAAACACUUUGCUGAAGAUCCUGAGAACAUGGAGCCAAGCUGCAACUUUGAAAAAAUCAUGAGCACUUUAUUCACGGAUUCAGGGACCCCACGAGAAGGGAACGUUCAUCUCUUAUCAGACACAAUUCAAGGGGUCACAGCAACAGUCACAGGGGUGCAGUAUCAGCAGUCCUGGCUCUGUAUCAUUUGCACUAUAAAGUCUCUUCAGCGACGUCAUGUUUGCAUCAGCCGCCUGGAGAGGCCUCAGAAUUGGGGUGAAAACUCCUGCGAAGUCAGAUUUGUGAUACUAGUGCUGGCUCCUCCUAAAAUGAAAAGUACCAAAACAGCCACAGAAGUGGGCAGGACCUUUGCCACAAUGUUUUCGGACAUAACCUUUCGGCAGAAACUCCUAGAAACCAAAACGGAAGAGGAGUUCAAGGAGGCCUUAGUCCACCAACGCCACUUGUUGACGGUGGUGAAUCAGAGACCCUCAGCGAUGAGCGAUGGGCACAAGUCACAUGGUCCUAAGCCACUCAAGUUGCAUGAGUUUCUCAAUGUUGGCAAGGGGAUUUCUGAUGACAUUGCACGAAGAUUUCCAGUGUACGCUUUGGACUUCACUGACGGUGUUAUUGGAAACAACAAAGCUAUAGGAAAAUACAUCACAACUAUGAUCUUUCUGUAUUUUGCCUGCCUCCUUCCAUCUAUUGCGUUUGGGUCACUCAAUGAUGAAAAUACCCGAGGAGCUAUUGAUGUGCAGAAGACGAUCGUCGGCCAGUGUAUUGGAGGGCUGCUUUACGCGCUCUUUUCGGGGCAACCUCUAGUUGUACUCCUAACUACGGCUCCUUUAGCACUCUACAUUAAUGUCAUCCGAGGAAUCUGUGAUGACUACAACUUGGAUUUCAGUGCUUUCUAUGCCUGGACAGGACUGUGGAACAGUUUUUUCCUUGUGAUGUACUCCCUCUUUAAUUUCAGUCUUCUGAUGAAGCUCUUUAAAAGGUCAACAGAAGAAAUAAUUGCACUUUUUAUAUCCAUCACGUUUGUGCUUGAUGCCUUCAAAGGCAUUAUUAAAGUUUUUAAGAAAUAUUACUACCAUGGGCGCGCAGGAGACAGUUACUUGGAAAAAGCACGAACUGAUGCUAUUCCAAGCCUCGGCAUCAAUACCACCUUCUUGAUGAAUUCAUCAGUGAGCAGAUCCAUGUCCCUAGAGAAUCAAACAGGCACGCAUGAUGUGCAUUAUGGACGUGAAACUGCCGUCCUUAGUCUCAUGUUGAUGUUGGGUACCCUUUGGCUUGGUCAUACGCUCUAUCAGUUUAAGAAAAGCCCAUAUUUGCAUGCGAGAGUACGUGAAAUUCUGUCCGACUGUGCCUUACCAAUUUCAGUUCUGACUUUCUCUGCUGUGGGUUCCUAUAUCUUCAAGGAAAUUGAAAUGUCCAAAUUUAACUACAACCCAUCUGAGAGCUUGUUCGUGCUGGCCCCCGUCCAGUCCCUCUCCAUCGGGUCAGUGAUGAGCGCCAUGGGUCUGGGGUUCCUCCUGUCAAUGCUCUUCUUCAUAGAGCAGAACAUCGUGGCGUCACUCACAAAUGCCCCAGAGAACAGGUUGGUGAAGGGAACAGCUUAUCACUGGGACCUCCUGCUCGUUGCGCUGAUUAACACGGGGCUGUCCAUCUUCGGCCUCCCGUGGAUCCAUGCUGCCUUCCCUCACUCCCCAAUGCACGUCCGUGCCCUGGCCUACGUGGAGGAGAGGGUUGAAAAUGGACACAUCUAUGAGACGAUUGUGAGCGUGAAGGAGACCCGGCUGACGAGUCUAGUAGCAAACUUCUUGGUUGGCCUCUCGCUCCUGCUCCUCCCUUUCCCUCUCCAGUGGAUCCCAAAGCCAGUCCUCUACGGCCUCUUCCUCUACAUCGCGUUGACCUCCAUCGAUGGGAACCAGCUCUUUGAAAGGGUGGCUCUCCUGCUCAAAGAACAGACUGCUUAUCCUCCGACACAUUACAUCCGCAGAGUGCCCCAGAGGAAGAUCCACUAUUUCACCGGCUUGCAGGUCCUGCAGCUCCUCAUCCUCUGUGGUUUUGGCAUGUCACCGUUGCCCUACAUGAAGAUGAUCUUCCCGCUCAUCAUGAUAGGGAUGAUCCCAAUCAGGUAUAACCUGCUCCCUAGGAUCAUCGAAGCCAAGUACUUGGAUGCUAUGGAUGCAGAGCAUUAAGCGGGGUCCUCCAUACAUGGAGCAGCGAGGACAGCUCUUUCGGAGUUGGAAGGCGGCUUUGUCGAGGCGUAGAACAAUCUAUCUGCAGUUCUUUCUUUCACCACUUUCUUUCUGCUCUAAUAUGGCGUUGGUAAUGCACACAUAUCAAAGACCAACUGAGCGUUGAAGUGUCAGACCAAAACAGCCUUGGACUUGGGAGGCCGAUGCUCUUUGGAGCUGUGAGGCAAGCAAGCUUUAUGGAAAAUGCUACUUUCCACAUCCCAAAAUUGGAAACCCCAAAGAUCAGCCUGUCUGUACAGUUGGGAGUAUACGUUCUCAGAGUUGUCACGUGUUCCCUUGUUUGAGGGUGGAAGGAAUCUGGUUUUUUUUUUUAUGCACCAUGCCCCUUUCUUCCAAAACAGUAUAAGGACAGCAACCAGCCCUUCUUUUACAGAAUGACAGUGCUGUUCUGGCCUUUGAAUUUAAUUUCCCAUGCAUCUAGUAUUUCCAAAUUGGUAUUCAGGGUGGGAAGGCCUUGUGCUAAACCACUGAUGUCAGGAGAGAUGUCUGGCCAUCUCUUCAGAUUAGCAGGGUUGGAAACAGAUAUAAUUUGUACUGAUACAAUCCACAGCUUUGGAUGAAUAUUGAAUUCCUACAAAAAGGGUUGGAAAAGUUCAGAGGUUGGGCUCGCAUGGCGAUGUUGAUGAAACCGCAUCUGGGUCUAAGCUAUUUGGGAAUUUUGGAUCUUUCUACCAUUACUUCUCGGUAAUCAAACACAGAAGUGUAGUUUUGCACAACUGCAACAUUCUUGCUUGCACCCAGAGUCAGAUGCUGAAACUUGUUAAAGGGCAGUUCUGUUAAUGAUUGCAUAUACAUAUGUACAGUAGUGCCUAUGUGUACAUAUAUACAUAUGGAUUUGUGUAUAUAUUUUGCAUAGAUAUACAAAUAGGCCUGAUUCUUUCAAAAUAUCAGAAGUGUUUUGUGCAGUCAGUGUUACCUGUGAUGUCUUGACCAUAUACUUGUGUUCUGCUUCAGUGCUGCUUUUUCUCAUUUGAGAUAUGGUCACUUUUUUCCUUUUGAAGCUGCUCGGUUGCUGGUUUUGUUCAUGUGUUGCUUUUAUUCAAGGUGUUCCUUUGCUGCUUUCUUCCCAUGGCUUGAGACCUUCAUCAUUCUGUCGUGAUGCUCCAACAUGUGAAUUUUGCAUUUAAUUUUUAUGUACAGCAUGCAAUGAAAGUUGUCCUCUUUCGCCUCAUCAAUAUUUGUUGGUCAUUUCAUUGUUUCUGUUUUGUAGCUAAUCUCUGGUUUUCCCCACUCCCAGACGUUACAUUAUAUUUCUGGAUGAAUCUAACUUCUGCUGUCUCUUUGUAUUUCUGUUUAUUUAAUUUUGCUUGUGCUAUGGACAGUUUUCUUAUUUGGAGUACUGUGAAACAAGCUGCCCUUUAGUUCAGUGCUUGCCCUUUGCUGCACACUACAGAUCACAGGUAAAGUGUGAAGAAAAAUGUGGACCCCUGAAGAUAAUGAACUUUCAAAACAGUAGAAAUGAGGGAAGAAGAGUAAUAUAAAAUGGAACACAUAUAUUAUUAGCACAGAGAAGUGUUUCUUACCAAUUGCUUGCCCAGUAAACGGUGCAGAGUUUAUAUCAGCACAUGCCCUACCUAUUGGGUGUUCCUCUGCACGAUGAGGAAGACCAACUCUGUAAUGAGGGAGGAAGGCAUCAGGUAAAAAGCACC